GUCUGCCGGGCGCGCCUGCUCGCGGUCGGCGCCAGUCUGCCCUGCACGCGCUACGGUUACAACAACCACACGGCCCUGCUCGAGAUGAAGGGGUCCCGGGCGCACAGUAUGCCCGACACGGCCCAGAUCGCCCUGGGACCGGUGUGUGCCCUGCCCGUCGAGCCAAUGGCUGGAGCCGAACAGAACUUCAUCACGGCCAACUUCGUAUUCCAACAUGUCGCGCAUUUUGGUCCCGACAACACAUUUUCAGAAGUCUUGGCGCCCAAUCCAUUCUAUUUUAACGUCUUCGUGGAAAGUGAGGAGGGUCAAAGUAUCUUCGCAUCUUCUCUUCAAUAUCCCACUUCGAACAGCAAGUCUGGCCUGAACACCAUCCCCAGCGGUGCUCCCAAAAAGGCGUGGCUUCAGAUUCGAACACCGACCCCGGUCCGUCCCGGCCAAACAGUGCUCGUCGACCUUUGUUUCAAGAUGACGCCCGGCUCCAUGUCAGAUCACCAGUGGCACAUCACGGCACCCGACGAGGACAACCAGAUCAAACUCUGCGACGUGCGCGUCUCGCACGUGGGCGCCAACUACGUGUGUCACCAGGACGCCGCGUACCGCCGGCUCAUUCACUACAAGAGCUACGACAGCCCCACGGCCGACUACGCAACCCAGGAGAAGUCGGAGAGGGGUGUGCACACCAUGAUCACCUACCUCACGCGCUACGCCAACGCCGGCCUCGACUCAACCUCCUUCUACGACGACGAGAUGGUGGACGCCGACACGGUGGUGACAUCGGUGGCGAUGGUGAUGCCCGAGAGUGCCGCCUCCUUCCGCAUCCGGCUGGUAGAGGGGAGCAGCAAUACCAUCUUUGACGAGACCACCCAAGUGCCGGUGACCAACGCGGAGGCGGCGGCGCCUGCGCAGCGGCCGCCCAGUCUCACCUUCACUGUCGACAGCGCUGACGGCUGGUCCGUCUAUCCUGGCGUCAUGAAGAAGCUGGUGGUCAUGCUGGACAUGGAAGAGUACUUUGAGCGCACCGUGAAGCUCCUCCUGGAGCCCGCAGAAUCCGAGGCCAAAUACGACGCCUGCUGCGCAUACGUCACGUUCGUGGGGGAAAACUCACCAUGCGUCAACACGUUCGGCCUGGAGUCAGUGAUCUCCAAGAGCAGCCCGUCACUGCUGGGGCCGGACGUGCUGACCUUCGACAUGGGGCGACUGUGCUCGGUGCCUCUCAUCCCGCGGCACAACACCAGUAACCUGGUAAACAUCACGGUGGGACUGCGGCCGCGAAACCAGCUGGCCGCCGGCGAGACCUUCAGCGUGGGCGUUUCCGUGGUCAUGGAUGACACGGUCGGCGCGUUCGGCAGACUGGCCGGCGACACUAGCGCCACCAUUGAUGAGGCGGUCACUACGGAAAUCAUGACAGUCGGCGCGGACGCAGACUUGGCGGCGGCGGCAGAUAACGGCUCCUCCUACUACACCACGGGCAGCUGGGAGUCGUCGUCGGAAGCGGUGGUGUCGGCGGCGGAGCCAGACACCAGUCACCCACCAGUGAUCGUCACAUUUACGGUGGCGUCGGAGGAGUUCACGGGCGCCAGUACGCCGGGCGAAAUGAGCAUGAUCAAGUUCAUGUCCUCCGAUGACGAGCUGAUCACCAUGACGGAGACGUCGUGGCUCAAGUUCAACAUCAGUCUGCCGCUGUCCGGGGUGGGAGUGGCCAGUCUGAAGUGGUCUGGCUUCACUGAGGACGGUCGUGCCGCCAUUGUGCCCACGGGCAACAUCAGGGUGCUGGCCCGAGGACGCAACGUGCCCUGCUUCGGAAUCACAGACCUGAACGACACCAUCGUGGUCAGCACGACGCUCAGCAACACCCAGUACGACGUGGUCUCCCUGGACCUGGGCUACGUCACCAACACAGGCAUGACGGCGAGCCGCGAGACGGUGCAGGACUGGGUGGAGACGGACGACAUGGUGCAAUUCGAGGCCGAGUUCCGCUUCACCGACCACCCACGCGCCACCCACCAGACACUGCUUCCCGUGAAUUUCGAGGCCAAGUAUGGCACACUCACCAUGGCAACCACUCAAGAGAUUAUGCUGAAACGCCUGGGAACGGAGGUGCCCGACAUGGAGUUGACUGCGUGGACCGUAAACGACACCCCUUAUCAGCGCUUCUGGCAGGUGCCUGUGGACGUGGUGCUGCGCCACAAGCAGACCUCAACGGCCGACGCCGUCAACGCCACCGUCUCGAUGGCGCUGCCGCCGUUCAUCGCCUUCGAAUCAAUCACGUGGACCAACUUCAGCACCGAGCCUACGGUGGUGCAGCGCCGACACGCACUGGAUCUGAGCUGGCCGCUGGUGCUGACCACACAGGAGGUGCACGUGUCGCUCAUGCUCACCGUCGAUCCCAACAACUUGCGCGGAUUCGGCGCUGGCUACAGCAGCGCCACUACACCGAUCACGCUCAAGGCCACCAUGUUCAGACGAUACGGUGUUCCGGGGACGCCGACUGGCAUGUACCCACCCGAGGGUGUUACAUGGUAUACGGUAGCACCUCCCACCUACAUCACCUUCGACGUGAACAGUGAAGAAUGUUUUUUCCGGCUGGGCCUGACCUCUGGCGUGAUCCAGGACUGCCAGCUGUCGGCCUCCUCCGCCGCCGACGACGGUCGCGGCCCGCAGCAGGCGCGCAUGCAGCCCUGUGCUGCCGACGACACCGCCGCCCAAGGGCAGAUGACUCAGAACAAUACUUGGCCAGACGCUGGAGAGGAUGAUAAGCUGCCCUGUGCCGGUACUGCAGGCUGGUCACCGGAGCAGCGCAGCGCCCCGUUCCGCCACUGGCAUCAGGUGGACUUCGGCAACCUGACGCGCAUCACGGGCGUGCUGGUGGCUCGGCCCCCCGGUACACGCCGCGUCAACCGGUUCCGCCUACAGGAGAGCCUCACUGGGGUCGUGUUCGAGGACGUCACGCCGGUGACGACACUCAACUGGGCGGGUGAUCUGUACAGCGACGGCGUGGCGGUUCACAAGCUGACCACGGCCGUCGAGACACGCUAUGUCCGCUUCCUCAUCGAGUCAGCAGAGGCGGGGGACGAUCAGUACAUCGGCGUACAGCUGGAGUACCUGGGGUGUCAGAUGGCCUCCGACUUCCUGCUGCGCGCCAGCUGCGACGCCCAGCCGGACACACCGCUCGGCACCGACCCUAGUCGGAAUAGGCAUUUCGCUGUUGAUACAACAAACGGGUAUAUCUAUUUCUGCGAUUUUAUACAAGCCAGGGGUCGUCGCGUGUGUUUCGUGUCGUACGACACGGUACAGUGGCGCCGACUACCAGAGGUGAUCGAGAGCGUGCGCGGCUUUGACGAGACGACCGGCCGGAUCUACGUGUCUGGCUCGCGGGCCGGCACCGUGCUCUGGAGCUCCGACGCCGCCGCCACCUGGUUCACGGAGAGCGAGGCGGAGCUGGAGGCGGCCGCGCAGUCGGAGGGCUUCUUCGCGGCGCAGGACGUGCCGGCGCUGACGCCGGAGCACGCUGGCUUUACGGGCCGCGCCAUCGGCGAGUGGGUGGCCGGCUUCGACGGCCUCAGCCUGGCCGGCCAGCUCAAGGUCAAGUGGUCGGCCGUCGACUGCAGCGGCUGAGCGCCGGCCAAGGUCGCUGCCCCCCCCCCCCCCCCCCCGCGCUCCCCUCCGGUGGCGGCGGCUGUCACUGGCCGGUGGCCGUGCGGUCCUGUAGUGCGCUGGUGGGAAGGCACCCUGCCGAUGUCGGAGGAGGCGAGUGAUGGAGACGACGGGACUGUAGCACCGCUGCCGAGACGCGCGUCUCAGGCUGCCUUUUGUGGGUCAAUGUGUUGAUUUCGUGCACAGGUGUGACUACUGUCCCGCAAUGUGGCAAAACGCGUAAUGGGUCGGGCUGAAUUUAGUACCAGUUGUACUGAACUCAACUGAAAUAAUUGCAACCUAUUUGAAAUAACACACGUAUGAGCUUUUAUGUUCACAGUAUGCACACAUUAUCGACAAUAAAGAGCCCACUUUUUCGUAAACUUCUAAGGAAUCAUGCAUCGUCUUGCUGUGCUAAAAAUCACCUGGUGAAAGCGACAGAAUGUGUGCAAAAAUCCAAGCGUCGAAAAGAUCACUCAGCAACAAGCAUCACGUGGCCGAAAUGAAUGUUCAACAUUGUUAAGACGGAGGUCUAAUUGCUUCAUGGCUAAAUGCUAAUGAGCUAGCUGAGACCAGCAUAUCUUCAUUUAAAUUGUCAGACACCUUCAUCUGUAGGUCAACCGUAAAUUACAGGUAGUUGCCCUGUCGUGUUUGGUUGUGAAGCCCGUGUUUACAAAGUCACAGAUAUGGUCAGUGGCGGCUACUCAUGUGCAUACCCUCAGACCUGUUCAUUCUACGAAUGUGAGCGCGUCCAUCAAAGUGAAAGAAGUGGAGCUAACGACGUUUUGUUGGCUGGCUGUAUUGCUUGAUUUCACCCGAUGAUUUAAGGUGCAUUCAGUUAGAAUUUGUUUUGAUCACCGUAACAUGCUAAUAAAUCACUGCAGCAGGG